GAAACACAUCUUGCAUGUAUACAGAGUGGAACGGCGUUAUUGAGCGGCAUUUGAAUGAUGAUUCGGGGUAAAUCAUAGGGGUCGCAGAUGUCUGCGGAACAUCCGGCGGAAAUCGUGCGUUCCACGUCCAGAACGGAAGCACACGCCAUUUUCAUUCGGCAAGCAUUCCCUCGAAAGUUCGCCGAAACACGAAACUCUUUGACGGUCUCGGCGGUCGCUUCGGUGAGGGCCCGGCGUAGUCGUGUCCGUCGCACCUGCGACAGCGUACGUGGACAUAGUACGACUCCCUGGCCGCCCUGGGUACCGGAAGCGGCGCCGGCGGAUGCUGGGCCGGCUGCCGCGGCCAUGGAGGAGGGCGUCGUCGCCGCCGCCAUCGUCGACGAGGACGACUUGCACCACCACGGGAACUGA